ACUUUAAUGGAUGCGUGGCACUUGAGAAAUGUUCAACUAGUAUCUCUUCUUUAAAAGUUUUAUUCUUUGUGCACAAAAUACCUUGUGUAUCGGAAGGAUCCGCCAUGAAGUGCCUUGUUGGAUAUCUGUGCCUGACGCUCAUCUGUUUAACUGCUGUUGAGAACAAGAAGGUCAAAUGCCAUCUCUUCAUGUUAAAGCGGUCUUUGGUUCACUACGUUUCGAGAGAUAGUACCGGGGUUCAUAUAAUGCCCUGUCCACCAGGAACUAUCUUCAGCGAAGGGCAUUGCGGAUGUGUAACCCUGACAAACGGAUGCGACAUGAAACCCUACAGUGGCCGGAAGUACAAGCACUUUAUUCACGGACGGUGGAGGACUCGGUACUGUCCGUCAGGCACCACUCUAAACCAGAGCAAGUGCGUCUGUGAUCACGCCUGAAUAAAACGUAUUUAUCCGA